GUUGUAUGCGCCAAGGAGGAAAAGCCGGGGAAUUAGGAUCAGACCAAACUACGGCUGGAUAGGAUGACACCACAUCCAGCGAAUAUGGCUUCCUUCUUUUUACAGCUACGUCAUGUGUGUGUAACGUUUGCUGUGUUGCUGACCAUAGCGACGUGUGCCGCGAAAGAAGCAGAAUUAAACGAAUGUGAGAGAGGCGUCAAGCGCCACCACCCAUCACAGGCCAACCUGUACCAGAUUUUUACACGCAAGGACUUCCGGAAACAGUGGCUGGACUACUCGUGCCCAGAGUUCACGAUCUUUGACCCCAGGUCAUGUGACUGUGUGGACAGUCCACGGAGCGAGGCCCAGAGGUCGAGUCCGAACAGAGCGGUGUCUAAGAAUCAGAGUUCCAGACAGCGAUCAACAAGGACAGAAUCGGAAGAUGUUAACGACGGAGUCAGGGGAAGUAACGCUGGGAAAGGGAGUGAAGACAGCGGGGCACAGAACAACGGGUGGAGCAAAGACAACUCAUGGGGAGGUAAGCAGACAACCAGGGGGAGAGAAUCGACCAGCAGUCGAACAAAACAGGACAGCAACUGGGUAAAAACUCAAGGGAAGCCAUCAGGCAAAAGUUCGAGCAGCUGGGCAGACGAGAGUCAGACGGGGAAAGAGCAGAACGGCGGAUGGGGAAAACAAGAGAGUAAACAAAAUGGCGGGUGGGGUAAGCAAGGCUCAACCGGAAGUAAACAAGACAGCGCGUGGGGACGAGACAACCAGGACGACCCGGAUUGGGACAAGGAUAACAGCGCAGACGAUGAAAGCGAACCGGAACCGUCUGCCUUUUCACCCAAAAAUGAAGGCUUUAAAAACAAAAUCAACACGAUCGAACGCACCAAUCAAAUAGACGCCGAGAGCUCUUCAACUAAAAAAGGGGAGUGUCACCUCCACCGACCGUCCACCAACCCCUCCCACUUCGAGCGCUGGUCAGACGGUCAGUGGGUCCAGGAGGACUGCAACUGGCCCUUCUACACAGGGCUGGUCUGGAACCAGGGCACGUGCCGCUGUGAGUGGGGGCCCAACCGCACCCUGGCCACGCCCAUGUUCGGAGACAGUGUGCCUGCAGCGUGUCUGAUGAUGCUAAAAAUGUCAUUCAAUGGCGGGAGUAUAGUGGAUGAGGGCAGACACAUCUGGCUCAACAUCAAGGACAAAGAGAACGCUCAUGUCGAGUCUGAUAGCACUGCCGUGGGAGGUAAAUGCGGCUCGUUUAGAGGCUCCACCAUCGCCAUCCCCUACUUCAAGAGCAACGUCCUGGGCCCAGUCUUCCACAUCGGCUUCAUGUUCAAGCUCUGCCCGGGGGAUCCAGACACCGACAUCCCCCUCAUACACAACGACUGUCUCGAGAGCCAGGAGCCGCCCGGCAUUGUUGUUGUUUACCAAGCCUGGAAGAAGAGGCUCGUGGUUUCCAUGAGGACCGUCAACAGUGAAGAGCUCUCAUCAGAGUUCUGUCCCUUCGACAACUCCCAGAACCAGUGGGUAAAGAUCGACAUCCGCUACGGUGAGAACUUUCUGGAAGUUGUCGCCAACAAUGAAGUUUGUGUUAGCUCGGAGAAGUUUCAUGGUCCAGUGGCCACCAACAACUGUCCCUUGACGCUGCUAGGUGAGGCGUUCUGUGGCAAGCUGGACGAGGUGAUCAUCACACGUGGCUGUACUAACUCCCACGCCGUGUCGUGAGCGGCACCAGGCCAGGUAAAUCCACCACAGUGUUCCAACAUCAGCUGCUCUUCUUCUUCUUCUUCGUCGCUCACCGGUGGAGUAUUCACAGGCUCCGUCUACUGACGCAGUUAUUUUUAUAUCUAGGGAGCAGCUACUAUCUUAGCAUGUGUUCUUAUUUAAGAAAUAAACUCAUCCAUGUAUCUAAAACACA